UAAAUAAAUAAAUCUUUUAAAAAGAAGAGUGGAAUUGGAAGUUUCCUUCGGUGCAAGGGGCUUGAAACCCAUACAGAAGGUUCCCACAGCACACAUUUUCCAUGAGCUUUCUGAGUGCUUCUUGGUGAUGGAAUCUUGUAGCUCCCAUUUGGGGGCUAAAGACCCCUGGCUAAGCAGCAGGUGUGGGGGGGACGGGUCUGGACUGAGGGAGUAGAAGAGAUAAAGAAGAUAACAGCUCUGGGACACCUGAGAUAAGGGUGGUUCAGAAACUUCAUGAAACCCCCGGAACUGAAAGGGAAGCUGAUAUCCAUGCAGGUUUUGAAAAGGAAACACUGGAGGGCUGCCAGAAGGCUCAUGGAAAUCAUGUGAGGAAAAGUGAGCAUGGGGAUUCACCAUUCCCGCUCCAAAACAAACCCUCCUGGGAACCCCAGGUGCCCGUGCCUUGCCCGGCCCUGUGUUCCAGAAACAUCAUUCCCUGGCUUGUGCCCCCCCCCCCCACCCUGAGACAUUAUUCUUCCCAUUUUGCCUAUGAAAACCCGAGGUCACCAGAGCAGGUAACUGGUCCAAGGUCUCGGGGCUGGGAGCUGGGCCAGCUGGGCCUCUGGGCCAGUGCCACCUUGGAGGGGACUGCAGCGGGAAAGCCUCUUAAGGCUUACCGACCAUGUCUGCCGUCCAGAAACCACAGGAGGCUCGUCGGGGCCAGCCAAGAGCAAUGUGAAUCAGGACGAGCCCAGCGAGCCAGGCCCUGCUCCCCGCGAGCGUGCACGGCUGCCCUGGUGUGUGCUGGGAUUCGGCCUGCAGCAGGACUUGGCACUGGCCUUGCUGACUGCUCGACAGAUGGGGGGAUGGGUAGGGGAAUCCCUGGGCUUCUGGCGGCCUGCUGGAACCCGAGAAGGCAGCAUGGACUCUCACAGCCGCCUCUGCUCUUUUCCUGGGUAAUGGCCUCACCUGGGACCUGGCCCACUCAUCCUGACAACCACAUGAGCAUUUUUUAAAAAUUGGGGGCCUGCUUCUCCAGCACCCCGGUCCUCAGCCACUGGGUGAAUAGUGCAGGUGCAGAGUUUGUGCUCUGGGAAUGGGAUCCCUGGACCAGCAGAAAGGACCAGGGAACUUACCAGAAUGCAGGAUCUCAGGCCCACUUAGAUCCCUACGGGCCAUUAGUAGGAGGCCCUCUAGGCGCUUAAUUCUGACAACAUCCCUGCGGCUGGGGCUGGGGGUCUGGGCUGGGGCGGGGUCAGACUGAGCCUCUGCCACGGAACUGGAUGACUGUGGGCGGGGCCUCAGCUGUCUGUCAUGUGCUUGCCCCGCCUCCGCUGGGCUGAGUAGGGGAAGGUAAGGGAUGAGCAGAGCCCACGGAGCUCUUGAGGCAGUGCUGGGGGCCGGAUUGUUGGGCUAAGAGGAGUCCGAGGAGUCACGACGUUUACGGAAUCCCUUCAGCGUGUGGUAGGCCCAGGUGCUGAGGGACAGCAUGAAGCCUGAUUUGUGGUGUUUCUGGGGUCCUGUCUCCUGAUACCUGCUCCAUUCUCUUUAGGGUGCCCCAGCUGCUCUGGGUGUCCGCUCUCUCCCUAGCUAGCCACCCCAACCUGGAAAGGGCCUGUCUUUCCCCAGCACUUUGAGCCAUAUCUGGCAAUUGUUCUAAGUACCUGGGCACUGACAGGUGCCUGUCCUUGAGCCCAAUCAUGGCAGCUCUCUCUAAUUGACUAGACCUGGCUCGCACACCCACCUGGCAGCACCCACACCCCUUGGAUUGAGAACAGGUGUGCGCUGGCUUCCAGGGGAGUAGGUUUAGGCUGGUCCCAGAAUUGGCUUGGUGCCAGCAGGCUGGAACCCCAGAGGUGGAGUGUCCGUCUGAGCCUACAGAGCUGGCUUCCUCUCUUCCGUGAGCUAAACAUUAUUCUUCCCGUGGUGUUCCAGAGAGCGGGGUCCACAUGGCCCCUUGCAGGACCCACACCGGCCUUCCCAGAACUGAGGCUCCGCCCAGGAAGUGACGUGGUGCGGGCGGGGUGCGGCCAGGCGGGGAUGCGCAGGGAAAGCGGAGACCACCCUGGUCUUGUUCAGGCUGGGCUUUCUGUGCCGGGUACAGGACCUGGGACACAAAGAUGCCGCCGAGCUGUGAGUCCUUGCUACCCCUCAGGCCCAGGAGCCGGUGGGGCCCGUCACGUAACCAAGAGGUCAGCUAAUUUGCUGGCAGCUACCAGGCCUUGUGAGCGUCUGGGGAUGCGACUGUUGGGAGGGCCAGACAGAGAGAUGAGGAAGUCCCGGAGGCUUCGAAUGCCCUUCCUCCUCACCCCUGCCCGCCUCUGCUAAUCCAGAUUCAGUGUUCGUUCAAACAGGGGUCUCCCUUAGGUAAGGGACCGGUUUCUUUUGGCUGUCUGCAUUUUUCUGUCCUGGGAACUGGGGGAGCCUUCCCAGUCCAGAGCCAAGCUCCACUGGUGGGUGGCCUGGGAGGCCAAGGCCUCUGCCCUAGCCCCAGGCAGGUGCUUCAGAGACAAAGUCUGCCCCGCCCCCAAGCCCUGCAAAAUGGAGAAGCGUUGGAGGCUCCGAGUGCCACUGACCGCAUCUGCUCCUGAGGAGCUGGUGGGCGGCCCAGCCUGGGCUGGGGAUGCCCAACUACCCAUGAGUAGCUAGCAGAAGGCAGCCUUCCCCAGGGGAGCAGGGUGACACCCCGACUCCUGUGGAGAGGGAAAGAGAAAGAAUGUGUGUGUGUUGGGGGGGUGGAUGGUCUGACUCUCCUCUCCUGGACUUGGUCAGAACUCUGUGCACGUGGGCCCUGACCACGCCUCUCCUCUGUCCUCACCACAGGUGAAGAGCCAAAACUGCAGCCCCUUCUGAGCAGCUUCUGAAAUCCGAGCAGUAGCUGCUGGUAAACACCAUCUUUAGUGCUGGAAGCUGCCGCCACCACCACGCCACCACCUGCCAACCUGACAGAGUUAAAUAUGAGCCCCGUCUACCCAGAGAGCGAGGAGAUGGCCAACAAGGAGAAGCUGCAGUGUCUGAAAGACUUCCACAAGGACAUCCUGAAGCCGUCACCUGGGAAGAGCCCAGGCACGCGGCCUGAGGAUGAGGCUGAGGGCAAGCCCCCACAGAGGGAGAAGUGGUCCAGCAAGCUCGACUUCGUGCUGUCAGUGGCUGGCGGCUUCGUGGGCUUGGGCAAUGUCUGGCGGUUUCCGUACCUCUGCUACAAAAAUGGCGGAGGUGCAUUCCUCAUACCAUACUUCAUCUUUCUGUUUGGGGGUGGCCUGCCUGUGUUCUUCCUGGAGAUCAUCAUAGGCCAGUACACCUCUGAAGGGGGCAUCACCUGCUGGGAAAAGAUCUGCCCCUUGUUCUCUGGCAUCGGCUAUGCCUCCAUCGUGAUUGUAUCCCUCCUGAACGUGUACUACAUUGUCAUCCUGGCCUGGGCCACCUACUACCUAUUCCAGUCCUUCCAGUCGGAUCUUCCCUGGGCACAUUGCAACCACAGCUGGAACACGCCGCAGUGCAUGGAAGACACCUUGCGCAAGAACAGGAGUGUGUGGCUCACCAUCAGCACCACCAACUUCACCUCCCCUGUCACCGAAUUCUGGGAGCGCAACGUGCUAAGCCUGUCCCCUGGGAUCGACCACCCGGGCACUCUGAAAUGGGACCUCGCGCUCUGCCUUCUCCUCGUCUGGCUGAUCUGCUUCUUCUGCAUUUGGAAGGGAGUCAGGUCCACGGGGAAGGUCGUCUACUUCACAGCCACGUUCCCGUUCGCCAUGCUCCUGGUACUGCUGGUGCGGGGGCUGACGCUGCCCGGCGCAGGCGAGGGCAUCAAGUUUUACCUGUACCCUAACAUCACACGCCUUGCGGACCCACAGGUGUGGAUUGACGCCGGGACCCAGAUCUUCUUCUCCUAUGCCAUCUGUCUGGGGGCCAUGACCUCGCUGGGGAGUUACAACAAGUACAAGUACAACUCAUACAGGGACUGUAUGCUGCUGGGAUGCCUGAACAGUGGUACCAGUUUUGUGUCUGGCUUCGCAAUUUUUUCCAUCCUGGGCUUCAUGGCACAAGAGCAAGGGGUGGACAUUGCUGAUGUGGCUGAGUCAGGUCCUGGCCUGGCCUUCAUCGCCUACCCAAAAGCCGUGACCAUGAUGCCUCUGCCCACCUUUUGGUCCAUUCUCUUUUUUAUUAUGCUUCUCUUGCUUGGACUGGAUAGCCAGUUUGUUGAAGUCGAAGGACAGAUCACAUCCUUGGUUGAUCUUUACCCAUCCUUCCUAAGGAAGGGUUAUCGUCGGGAAAUCUUCAUCGCCAUCGUGUGUAGCAUCAGCUACCUGCUGGGGCUGACGAUGGUGACGGAGGGUGGCAUGUAUGUGUUUCAACUCUUUGACUACUAUGCAGCUAGUGGUGUAUGCCUUCUGUGGGUUGCAUUCUUUGAAUGUUUUGUAAUUGCCUGGAUCUAUGGCGGUGAUGACUUUUAUGACGGUAUAGAGGACAUGAUCGGCUAUCGGCCCGGGCCCUGGAUGAAGUACAGCUGGGCUGUGAUCACCCCCGUCCUCUGCGUUGGAUGUUUUGUCUUCUCGCUCGUCAAGUACGUGCCCCUGACCUACAACAAAGUCUACGUGUACCCGGACUGGGCCAUCGGGCUGGGCUGGUGCCUGGCCCUGUCCUCAAUGGUGUGCAUCCCCCUGGUCAUUGUCAUCCGCCUCUGCCAGACGGAGGGACCCUUCCUUGUGAGAAUCAAGUACCUGCUGACCCCGAGGGAACCCAACCGCUGGGCAGUGGAGACGGAGGGGGCCCAGCCCUACAGGUCCCGCCUGUCUCUCAACGGUGCGCUCAUGAAGCCCACCCACAUCGUUGUGGAGACCAUGAUGUGAGCCUUCCUCGGGCGCGGCCGCUUCCCUGCUGUUUACUAACAUUAGAUUCUCCUAGGACCAGGUUUACAGAGCUCUAUAUUUGCACUAGGAUUUUUUUUUUUUAAUUGUCACAGGAAAAUGUUACUCUGUGUGUAUGUUCUGUGUGUAUGCGUGUGUGUGUGCAUGUUGCGUGUGGUGAUUAUUUGGGGAUACUUUAUACAAAAAGAAACCCCAUGGGCAGCCGUCUGGGGCCAGGCCAGAGCUUUCAUACUGAAUUAGAUGUAUUUUCUGGGAACUCGGUCAAUUCUUCUUUGUAUUGUUUUUUAACACGUGACUGUAUCAGCUUAGGAAUUGUUGUACUCUGACCACUCGGCUUGAUCUUGCCAGCAAUAGAUCUUGUUCCCAAAAGCAAUCCUUUCUACGGUGCUCCUGGCGCUGGCUGAAGGCUCUGCCGGACCACAGGGCUGCCUCUUGCUGGGACGGCAAACCCACCUUAAAGGCGUAGCACCUCCCAAAGCCUGGUUCCUGGGAAGCCCGCUGCAGGGGAUAGGGCCCUGCCAGCUGGGGCACCGGAGAGCAGGGCCAUGGGCAGCCUCACUCCUGCACUUGUUGUAGCUGAGCAGAGAAGCCGAAGGCUCAUCUCCUCUCAUGGACAGGCCGGGGAGCUGGGGACCAGGCUCCGCUGAGGGUGUGGGGCAGAGAGAGCUGUCAUCCUGAGCCCCUGUGGCUGACUCCUCAGCAGGACCACCCACACUGCAGUUCCUGGGGAGCCCAGCGAGCAGUCCUAGGGGUCCAGGCUUGGGGUCCAUCCCAAGACUUGGUGCUCACCCUCAGGAGAGGUGGACGAGGCCAGGAUCCUUCCUGGGAUGCUGCAGGCAGCCUCGGGGAUCAGUACCCCACAUGUCAUGGUGUCAGAACGGGGUUGUCACAGCUGUGAUUGUUCCCCCGUGCAUGAUGAGUUUGUUGGGGGCCAAGGGCGAGGUGGAGGCGAAGGGAUCAAAGGAUGUGGCCCGGGUGCCUCAGCAGGCUGAUGCAGGACAGGGUGAAGCCAGACAGAGCCCAAGGCUGUCCCAGCGCCAAGAGCAGCUUCGGGGCUCAAAGCUGGCUUGUGGACUUAGCAGUCCCCAGGCCCCUCCAAGUUCAGGCCCAAGGGCAGCUUGCAACAGUGACUUGGGCCCUAAGAAAGGCCCUUGUUUCUGUUCCCUGUAGUAGCUGAGGUCAGACAGUUUACUGCCUGGAGACUGAGACUACAUGGCUGGGAAAACCCAGGGUAGGGGCUGACACCCCAAGCUGGUCACCAGAACCGGGUCCCUGUUAGAACCAGGACUGAGGGGUCCUACGCCUUUAAGAUCCCACUCGCAGACCACCAGUGUGUUGGACCUAAACUGUGCCAUUUGAACAGCCGUGAAGAGUUCAGAGUGGGAGCAAAAGGAAACCAUCUUUCCUUGCAAAGCAGGGACCACUGUGAGGACGGGGACCAGGGAGUUUUGACUUAACACAUGCAGAGCAGGGCCUGUGGAAGCCCCCUCCCCAGUGUUGGGGGCAGGGAGGAGCCUUGGGUGGGGGGCCCUUCCAUGGGGCAAUCCCAACCUCCCCCAUCUCUGGCCAAUGUACAUGCUCCACUGCCAAAGCCGGCCCCUCUCGGCCAGAGCGCCAGUCCUGUCCUCGAGCCUGGGCAGCUGCACUGCUCUCCUGUCCCCCUGGUACUUGUGGGUGCCUCUAUGUCUGCCUGACUAUCUCUUGGUUCUUUGUACCGUGUAGCGACGUGACCUGUAUGUCUUAGGGAACUUUAGUAAACUAACCAGUCCUGGUGGAGAAAGACAGGUGCUGCAUGGGCAGGAGGCUGGGCAAGCAGAGGCUACCAGGGCAUUUGUGGUCAUUUUGGUCCUCAGGUCCCCUCUCUGCGGGGAAGCCUCACACCUGCAAUAAAAGCUGCGGGGUAUCCGGGUUAGCAAGGCAGACCUCAAUUUUCUGGGAGUGGCCUGAGAAAGGUCUCUUUUAAGAUUUCCCAGACCAAAUCCUAGACCAAAGACACACAGACCAAGUCCCCAGACCCCGCAAGGUGAAGGGGUCAACUGCUGGCCCAAGCUCCGUCUUCCCAAGCCCCAAGCACCUGUCUUGGCUCCCGUGUGUGUGCAGAGCGUGGCUCUGUGAGCCUGAUGUGUGAUGACUUGUGUGUGUCUCCUUUUAAAUGGAACUUUGCAUUUGAGCUCUGACUCUGGUCCCCAUGCCCUGAGAAUGGGCAAGACCCUGCCUGCCCUGUACUUGGGAGGGGUGUGAAAUUUAGAUGCCCACACAUAGCCUGGUGAGCCAGAUCUGGAUAAAGGAGGCUAGCGAAGUGGUUACUUUUAAGGUGAAAAGGCAGGAUUGAGGGCCUAGGGGCUGCUACUGCUUCCCCAAGUCGGGUCCCCUCUGUAGUGGGGGUGCCCCAACCCAACAGGCUCCUUGUCGCUUGGGGUAGCCAAGUCCCAGAGCAGAGCGGGGCCUCUGGCUCCGUGAAUCAAGUUUGGACCAGGACUUGUUCUGCAGGUUCUCCCAAGGGUGAGCAGUGAGUUACAGGUGCGACCACCCAGGAGAUCUUGGUCUGAUCCCCCCUGACAAUCAACAGCCUUGGUCAUCAAGGAACUGUGGUGCCCUAACGCUCUGGGCCAACCCCACAAGCGAAAAGGGUGCUUCGGGCUGCAGGUAGGCGGCUGGAGCACUUGCUCGCCAGGGUCCCACCAAGGGCCCCUCUCUUUCCCCACAGCCUUGGUAGGCUAGGAAAUGAGAGCCCUGUCCACCCAAGAGGUGCCUGAGGCCUGCUCCAAAUGCAGCUCAAGGCUACCUGGGAAAUGACCAGGCCCCAGGAAGUAGCUUUGGGUGAUUUUUCACAGCCUCUCCUCUCCUCUGCUCUCCUUCCCUGUAUCCUCAGCACCCCCUGAACCUGAGAUGUAGCAGAGUAUACCCUCAGCCUGACUAGGGCACUGUGCCAGCCACGUGCCACUGUAUAACGGCCAGUGGCCCUGCCAGCACUGCCCCCUCCUGAAGGGGAAUGCUGUGCGCAGCCAGGCUCAGACACAGCUAGGAAGGGACCGCUCCCCUCUCCGCCAAGGUCCCAUCCAUCCUCAGACCCAGGGCCAGGUGGCCGCCGGGCUGCCAUGGAUGCCACUGUGUGCAAACGCCUCUUGCGUACAAACCUAACAAAACCCAGGGCUCCCAGCUCCAAGAGCAGUGGGCAACCCCAGGUCAAGGGACAGCCUCCCGCCCCCGCCCAAUGUGUGACUCUCAGAAAUACCUGUGUCAAUAGGAAGUGGUCCCCAUUGUUCUCUGUGGGUGUUCCGACACUGUCCCUGAGGGAGGCCCGCCUGGUGAUAGAUUUGACUUCACUUGAACUCCAUUUCUUUGCUUUUCCCUUAAUUUGUCCCCUAGUCCCUAACGACUGUGACUCUAUAUUUAGCACAAGAGAAAGCUGAGAACGUGGGUCUUGCCUCCUUCCGGAAAUAUGUCUGGUUCAUCAGGACAUUUUUUUAAGCUUCAGAGUAUUUUUAAGAGAUUUUAAACUUUUGUAAAGAAAUACAAACCAACUCACUAUGGACUCUUGGGGGGAGGAGUACAUGUGUGCGAACAAGACCCGGGGGGGUGGGCGAGCCAGUCUUGGCGUCCCGAGCUCUGACAUAGCCAUGUUUCAUGACACGGAAUCCUGUGUUUCACAGGGGUGGUUUUCCCUCUUGCUUUUUAGAUAAAUCUAUAUAUUGAUAUUUUAAAUUCAUCUUUGCUUUUUUUUUAGAGGAGUUUGUAAUCACCUUGUAACAUGAAAAUAAACAUUUCCUUUUUAAAGUC